AUCAUCACUGCCUCCACUGCGCAGCCGCAGUUUCUCCAGGACGCAGAGCAGAAGAGUGAGGCAGAAAAAUGGCCCUCGAUAAUUUAAUUUUCGCCCAAUGCAUCCUUUAUUUCUUAGCCUUCGUAUUUGGUUUCAUCGCCGUGGUGCCUCUGUCGGAGAACACGGAGGAUUUCGGGGGGAAAUGCCUGCUCUUCACGCGGGGUAUGUGGCAAAAUGAGAACAUCACUGUGUCGAAGCUGCGCUUCAUCGUGGAGGAGUGGGGACCCGAGACCUCCUGCAGCUUCAUCACUUUUGUCGGGAUAGCGUCCCUCAUCCUGUCCGCAGUGCAGGCAUGGAGGCUGCUGUUCUUUCUGUGCAAAGGACACGACGACUCCAUCUUCAACGCAUUCCUCAACCUGCUGAUCAGCUCCCUAGUGGUGUUCACAGUCUUCCUGUCCAGCACCAUUGUCAGUGUGGGUUUCAACAUGUGGUGCGACUCCAUCACAGAGAGUGGGACCAUGCCUAGCAGCUGUGAGGACCUGCAGGACAUUGAUCUAGAACUUGGGCUGGACAACUCGGCCUUCUAUGACCAAUUUGCUAUAGCUCAGUUUGGCUUGUGGGCUGCCUGGCUCACCUGGCUUGGGAUUGCAGUGAUGGCUUUCCUGAAGGUCUACCACAACUACAGACAAGAGGACCUGCUGGACAGCCUGAUCCAUGAGAAGGACCUGCUGCUUGGCCACUCCUCGCGCCGCAACUCUGACCUCAAGACCGGCCUGAUCUAGAAACUGGCGGACGCACAAACAUACACGCUCACACUCAACCGUACAGUCCUCUCACCUGCCAUGAGAAACACCAAUGUUUGCCUAUGUAGACAAUCAAAAUGAAUUGGCUUUUGCUCUCAUUGACCACGGAUUGAAUCAAAUGAAAGGUUUUAGCUUUGUUCUCUAAAGGUAAUUAUUUUCCCCUCAAAAAAAUCCCUGAGGAGUCCUGCUUUAUUGAGUUUAUUCAUCAUUGUGUGCAUUCCUCUUCAGCACACACAACCAUAGUUCAGUUCAACUAGUGUUGAUACCAUUGAAUGGAAAUACACACCCCUUUUUUAAACGCAGUAUGAAUGGCUCAGACAGAUUGGCCGAUGGAUCAUGUUGUCUUUGUGAAACUUCUGCAUGGACCUAAUGCAUGACAAAGUAAUGGGGUGGUGGUUUUUAGAUGUAAAGGGAUGUUCUUUUGUUUUAUACACCAUAAAUAAAUGUGUUCCUUAAAGCAGACUUCUUUCUGGUAGGAUGCACACUGCAAACUACUGGAUGAAGUGAGUAUUCUUUGCAUGCUGCAGCAAAGCAAAAUUAUGUGUGUCUUUGCAGUGUAUUCACACUUUUAUCAGCAGUUACAAAAGGUGUUUUAUAAAAAGCAACAAAUCGUAGUUCAGAACAUUCAUGUAUCAGGCAGCCAGUCCAAAAAUGCUUUUUUAGCAAUCUGUGUGAGAUAAAAACAAAUCCUAUUUUGUUCUAUAUACAGUAGUAACUCAGGCUUCACUUUAUAGGCUACAAACCAAUAUACUGUGUUACUGUGAAUAGACGCACAAAUGUACCUGCAUGCAUCUCUCUCUUCCUGUUACAUACACAUCACACACACUCGCUUACUGUCAGAGGUUACAGGAAAAAGCGAAUCACUUGCUUGACUUUGAUAGGCAAUGACAGUUUUAUUCAAAACAACUGAAAUCAUAAAACGGUAGGAACUAAGAAAACCCUCCAUAAAGGCACUUCUUUCAAAGUGACCGUAAAUGUUUGGACAGCCGUGAAAUGCAGCUUCUAAGCUAAAUGUGCAUAUACAGGACAUGAGUUCACUGGCUAUUGUUUUAUUGCUAAUGACAAUUUAAUUUGACAGUACAGAGUGGAGAGUAUUUCUUUCUUCCAUACAUGCGUUAUUAGCCUUAUAUUGCUUUGACAUUCAAAUGUGAAACCCCCAAAAUCCUUUGCUUUUGAGUUCCCUGAAACCUGUCAUAUAAAGAACAACGUUUUACUGGAAACUAUGUGAUGUGUGUUAUUGCUCAUAAUGAGAGGUUUGUGGAAUGUGCAUCACUGUGCCCUUUGAUUCCUAUAAUCCAGUUGUGUGGUGGUUUGGCUGUUUGAAUUAUAUUUGCUUCAUUUGAUAAAGGGACUCAUACAA